AGAAAGAAUCGCAUUGCGUUUCAUCGAACCACGAAUAUCUCCUCUCGAGGGGCGACCUCUCUUUCCAAUUUCCUGCGUUCUCACUCUCGCUCCGGCGUCGGCAUGGGCGCGCUCGGCUCCGGCUGCUUGGACGACCUCGAAGGCGGAGCCAAAUGCGAGGAGGAGGCGACGGAUCCGCUGGCGUCGGAGGCCGAGCGCCCGCUCUCGAUCGAGGAGGCCGUCAAGGCGCUGCUGCAGGGCCUCGGAGAGGAUCACGAGCGAGAAGGCCUCCGGAGGACGCCGCAUCGCGUGGCCGAGGCCUUCCGCGGAGGAACCAGAGGGUACAAACAAAAGGCGAAAGACAUUGUGCAGGGUGCCUUGUUUCCAGAAGCUGGAUUGAAUCCGGGAGUCGGCCAUGCAGGAGGGGUUGGUGGGCUAGUGGUUGUUCGCGACAUCAACCUGUUUUCCUACUGUGAGUCCUGCUUGCUUCCAUUUAGCAUCAAGUGCCAUGUUGGCUAUGUGCCAUCCGGAGGGCGUGUCGUCGGCCUGAGUAAGCUGUCGCGAGUUGCAGAUGUAUUUGCAAGGAGGUUUCAGGAUCCUAAAAGACUAGCAAGUGAAGUUUGUGCAGCAUUGCAUAACAGCAUUAACCCGGCCGGUGUUGCUGUCUCUCUUCAAUGUUGGCACAUGAAAUUUAGCCAUUUGUGUGACAGCAAUUUUACUCAUUCGACCAUAUCAGAUAUGCAAAGUUGGGGAACAGUUUUAGCUUCUUCCAGGUCUGGAGUUUUUAAGGAAGGGAAGAACUCUUUGUGGGAUGAUUUCACUUCUCUUCUGAAACUAAGUGGUGCAAUCAUCGAAGGAGGAGAUACAAACCAUUCUCAUGUUUCUCCCUGGUGCCCCUCGAGGUCUCUUGAAGUACCCAUGUCCAAUGGAGAGUGUGCGAGAAACUUCAAAAAUGGAAAGACUUCUUCCACUACAGCAGUUUCACAGGCUUCUAUGGUGGCUGCUGUUGCUUCAAUUCUACACUCCCUUGGUGAAGAUACUUCGAGGAAAGAACUCUUGGGCACUCCGUACCGUUACGUCCAAUGGCUUCUGAAUUUUAAGAGCUCUAACUGGGGCUUAGAUUUGAACAGCCUUGAUAUCUGUAAAGUGAGCUCUUGUGUUGUGAAAGAUGGAAAUAUUGACAGCAAGAAUGAGAUGAAGACAGAGCUAAGCAUUCCUUUCUUCUCGCUGUGUGAGCACCAUCUCUUACCAUUUCAUGGUGUUGUACACAUAGGAUACUUGACCAAACAAGAAGGUAUUUAUAUCGAGCGGUCAGCUUUGCAGCAAAUGGUUCAUUUCUUUGCUUGCAAACUCCAAGUUCAAGAGAGAUUAACCAGACAAAUAGCAGAAGCAGUUUAUUCUAAGCUCAAUGAUGGUGUAAUGGUUGUUGUCGAAGCCCACCAUAACUGCAUGAUAUCAAGGGGGAUUGAGAAAGUAGGGAGCAACACGGCUACUAUAGCAGCUUUGGGCCAGUUUUCUAGUGAUCCAAACACCAAGGCUUUCUUUUUGCAGGCAAUUGCCAGUAAUGCUACUUCUGGGGUUUGAUCUGGAUGGGCCGAGCUAUAUUUACAAUGCAACUAUCCUGUUCAUGCCGAAGGUAAAGCAUUGCACUAAUAUUUCCUUGUUGCUGAUUCCCAAAGCCAGCAAGUCUCAUCGUUUGCAAGAAGUUUACACAACAAAUAAGAAAAGCCAUGCCUGAAAAUUUUAGGAUUUGCAUCAUCCUGCGAAAAACUUGAAGGAACAUAAAUAAAUUUGAUUCUCCUCUAGUAACGUUGCAUCUAUGCAACAUCUUUGUUUGUAGAAGGGAGUACCAUCACGGACAUCCAACGAUUUUGUUGGUUAGUAGUAGUUUAUGUUGUUGUUGACGAUUAUGGCCUUAGUCUUUCACUGUCAUGGUAUCUUCACGGUUUAUCAAACCGAUCCUUUGUAACGUUGUUGUACCCUUUUUCUGUAUCGAGAGAGAUAAUUGCUAAUUGCUGUUGA